AUGGAGAACUCAACAUCUAUCGAUAGGAUUAGCAACAUACCUGAUGACAUAUUGUGUCACAUACUCUCUUUUCUUCCGACCAAAGAUUCUUUCUCCACAACUCUUCUCUCCAAAAGAUGGUCCUCACUCUUUAAAUUACUCACAGCUCUCGAUUUCUCCGAUUAUUCCGUUUCCGACAACAAAGAGUCUUACCUUCACUUUUGGCAAUUCGUCGACACAAUCACACUCUCCACCCAACUCAUCAAAAGAAUUCUCCUCACAAUCACAUGUCAUAGGCAUCAUGACUGUUUCAAAUUCGACCGUUGGAUUGAAACUAUAAAACGGCAUCCGGUGGAGAAUCUCCAAAUCAGUUUCUCUAUCCUCUUGCCUUCAAGUAUUUUUAGAUUUUCAACACUUGUUGUUCUCAAAUUGUUGAAGGUAACGAUAUCGGUUGAUAAUAUCUCUGUCAAUCUACCCUCUCUCAAAACCCUACAUUUGUUUCUUGUUUAUUUUAAAAAUAGGGACAAUUUCAACAAUGUUCUUAAUGGGUGUCCCAUUUUGGAGGAUUUUAAAACUGAUAUUUACAAUAGAAGCAGGGGUUACACUGACAACCUCAAAAUUUUAUCCAACUUGAUCACAACCAAUAUUUGGACAUAUAUAUUGGAUGUUCCGAUAUGUAAAGCAAUUCAAAAUGUCCACUUUUUAAUACUCGAUAUCAACAGGUUUAAUCACACGGACUUUCCUAUAUUUCGAAACUUAAUCCAACUUGAAUUAAGCGUUACUAACCUUAAGCGCUUGGAUGAUGUAGUGGAACUGCUCCGACAUUGCCCCAAGCUUCAAAUUUUUUCUUUUGAAAAGAUGGAGGCUCCGAGAGAUUUGUUCAUAAAGUGGAAAUAUCCAAAUUUUGUUCCUGAAUGCAUUUCAUCUUACCUCAAAUCAUGUACUGUAAACUAUGUAGGUUGGCAUCUAGAUGAACUUCGAUUUGCAAAAUACAUUUUACAGAAUGCACGGCUUUUAGAGAUCAUGAAGAUCGACAUGAGAGCUACCUUAGAUCCAAGGCUAAGUCGGACCUAUGUUUUAGAAGAAUUAACCUCGUGUCCAAGGAUUUCUCCCCAAUGUAAACUUUCGACGAUUCCAUGUUAG